UUGUGAUCCAUCCAAGUAAUUACCUCUAGAGCUUUGUGCAUCAUAGCGAUCGGCAUUCGAAGCACUAUGAUUGGCUAAGGCUAGAGCUAAGUCGAGAGGUGCGCGAGGCUGACCUGAGCAAGCUUUGGUUGGUCUGGUCCAUACAAACUGAGGCAGCCUUGUCAAGUUGUCAUCUCGGCCUGUCUUUUUUGUCUUCUUCACCACUUCGCGCCUCUCCUUUUUUCCCGGAGCAACCUACGACCUGUGCUUCUUCCCCGCACCAGUUACCUCAAUCGUCGUCGUUUAACCCGAAAACAUAGCCAGCUUCCUAGCUCGAUCGAGCCCAUGGCAGAUUCAGACGGCGAAUACGUCGAGGACCUCUCCGAAGACGAGGAUAUCGGCGGCCAGCGAGUUUCCGCAGUCGAGUCUAGCUAUGGGACGCGCUCCAAGGGGCCGCGGCCCGACGGGUCAAAGAGCAGAAACGGUGGCCGUAGGGUCGGUGGCCGUAGCAGGGCAGCCUGGGAAGACAUCCAACGGUCGUGGGAGCACGUGGUCGAGACGGCGGACGGCAGCAUCAGCGUAGGCAGGCUUCUGGAGGCCGAGAAGAGGCGGCGCCUGCUGCGCGAUACGACGCCGCUGCAGCGAGGCAUCAUCAGGCACCUGAUGCUCGUCAUCGACAUGAGCUUCGCCAUGGCCGAGAAGGACCUCCUGCCGAGCCGAUACAUCCUGACGCUCAACUACGCUGUCGAGUUCGUCCGCGAAUACUUUGAGCAGAACCCGAUCAGCCAGAUGGGCAUCAUCGGGCUGAGGGACGGCGUGGCCGUCAGGAUUAGCGACAUGGGCGGCAACCCCGCCGAGCACAUCGAGCGGCUGCGGGAGUGGGUGGAGGAGCAGGAACCUCAGGGCAACCCCAGCUUGCAGAAUGCGCUCGAGAUGUGCCGCGGUGCUUUAUUCCACGCACCCUCGCACGGCACGCGCGAAGUGCUCAUCAUCUACGGCGCCCUCCUCUCCAGCGACCCGGGCGACAUCCACGACACGAUCGCCAACCUGAUCACCGACCGCAUCCGGGUCUCGGUCAUCGGGCUCUCGGCGCAGGUGGCCAUCUGCGAGGAGCUGUGCAGCAAGACCAACGGGGGCGACGACGGGUCGUACGCCGUGGCGCUGCACGAGCAGCACUUCCGCGACCUCCUCCUGGCGGCCACGACGCCGCCCGUCACGCAGUCGGCCGAGCAGCAGCACGCCAGCCUGCUCAUGAUGGGCUUCCCCAGCCGCGCGCUCGCGCCCGAGGACCACGUGACCGUCUGCGCCUGCCACAACCGGCCGGGCCGCGAGGGGUACGCCUGCACCCGCUGCCGCGCAAAGGUCUGCCGCCUCCCCGCCGAGUGCCCGUCCUGCGGCCUGACCCUGAUCCUGAGCACCCACCUCGCCCGCUCGUACCACCACCUGUUCCCGCUGCGCAGCUGGGUCGAGGUGCCGUGGGUCGACGCCGAGCGGUCGGUGGCGUGCCACUCGUGCCUCGACCCCUUCCCGCCAGUCUCGAAAGCGAGGUUGAAAGGCAAGGGGAAGCAGCAGCAGCAGCAGGCCCAAGGGCAUGGCGUCGCUGCGCCGGCGCCGGCCGCGCCGGAGGUCAGGGGCGUCAGCGAGAGUGGCCGGUACGCCUGCCAGGUUUGCGGGAACCACUUCUGCAUCGACUGCGACGUGUUCGCCCACGAGGUCAUCCACAACUGCCCCGGGUGCCAGAGCGACACGCGGGCCUGGCAGGCCGCCGAAGCUGAGGCCGAGGCCGCCGGCGCCAACGGCGACGCCGGCGCAUCGGCGGAGGCGAAUGGGGAUGGCCGGGCGAACGGGGUGAUGGCUGUGGAUCCGCCGAACGCGGGUGCCUACAUAGCCGCGCAAGUGGGUUGAUGGAUGGGUGUGCAUAUAUACGUAUAUUGAUAGGGCUUCGGGUUCCCAUCCAUCGAUCACCUGAAAGGGGGGGCUUGUUCUGACUAAGGGGGGAUGAUUCAUUGCUACGGCGUCGUGGGGUUGAGGGCGGGUUAGAUGCCUUUUUGUUGUUAAGGGGGAAACAUGGAAAUUGGGUGCAUCACACAAAAGUCAUGGGACAGGAAUGGCAAGCUACAUUUGCAUUUUGUUUUAGUAUUCGCUGGCGGACUAUAUUGCCUCGCGAGCUUUU